UGUGACUACCUCGCCCGGUCGCCACUAGAGGCGCUUGUGUUGAAAUACACUCAGUUGACCGCUACAUCUGGUGGCAGCGGGUGGGCCGCUCCGCAGUCUGAGCCCCACACCAUGGAUGGUGAAAGUGAUACGAGAGUGCAAGUGCUUGUACCGCCGCAGCCUAAAACCGAACAGUGCACGAUCACCGAUUACAUCGACUACUUUGAGGCUGUGGCGACGGCCAACGCGUGGGACGAUACUGUGAAAGCCAGGAUUUUUCCUGCGCUGCUCGGUAUGGGCAAUACUGUGCUGACAGACUGCCCGGAGGCUGACAAGAAGAGCUUUGCCAAAAUCAAAACGUAUCUCACUAAAGUUGGAGAGCCGUACCGUGAUGCGUUUAUGCUCGAUUUGUUUCGUGUUCGAAUGGCUGACCUUGAACCGGUCGAGAAGUACCGUGACCGUGUGGUGACUUUAGUUGAACAAGUUUACCCGCGGUUUGCAGCGAGCAAUAAGGCAGCUCUUGCUCGUGAUUUUUUUGUCUGUGGACUGCCAGAUCCUAUGAGGGCAGCAGUGUUGAACUCUGGCUCCUGCCGUAAGCUGGAAGAGGCUGUCAACUCAGCGCUGAUGUGCUUCAGCCUCAGCGGCCGGCUCGGGUCGCGCGGCUCUGGAGGCGCUGCCGGUGGUGAUCACGUGACCUGGCGCACGGUGCGUUCGCCGGCCGCUCCGAGGGGAGGAGUGAGGAGCGGCGACCCGGCGCGGUCUGGCCCGAGGGCGGUAUGCUGGCGCUGCGGUAUUGCUGGUCAUGUGCGUGCACAGUGCCGCGCUCCCGGCGACGGACUGGCUGGUAGACGGAUGGAGGGCAUCGCGGUUUCACCCGUCUCCGAUGAUGGCCGUGUCUACGUCGACAUCGACAUCGAUGGCUGUCCGAUGCAGCUUCUGGCAGAUAGCGGUGCCACCGUCAGCUGUCUGCCCACUUCUUUCCGGCCCAACUCCAUGGCUAAAGACGACUAUGUUAUCGCUGCCAAUGGGUCGAGAAUGCCUGUGUAUGGUCUGCUGAACUGCUCUGUCUCGCUCAGUGGCGCCACGCUGAUGCACGACUUCAUCGUCACCGACGUGCAGCGCGGCGUGGUGGGGGCAGACCUUCUGCAGAAGUUCGGCGCGUCCAUCGACUUCGACCGUGGAGCUGUGCUUGUCGGUGUGAAUCGACACCCAGCUGGCGCGGCCGACAGUGUGACGUCACCUGGCUCCGGUGGCGCCUGCGUCGGAGGGACGGUCGUCGCGCCGGUGGCGCCAUCUCUGGGCUACGUUGAGACUGCUCAGAGUGGGGCGCCGCCUGCGCCUCCCUCCGCUCCGGUGGCGCCAUCUGCGACUCCCUCCGCUCCGGUGGCGCCAUCUGCGAGACACAGCGUGAAGGAAGAUACUGCCGCCGGUGAGGCGCCGCUGCUGGACUGGGAGGAGGGAUGCUUCCACGAGGUCGGGAUGCUGGCUACCGGAAACUGAAUGAGGUGACGGUGAAAGAUCGUCAGCCUGUGCCGCUGGUGUCAGACGUCAUCGGGAAGCUGGCGGAGUCGACAGUGUUCUCAGUGCUCGAUGCUCGCUCGGGAUACUAUCAGAUCCCUCUCAGGGAACAGGACAGAAAGAAGACGGCCUUCCAGUUUAAUGGCCAGCUACUGCAAUUUCGUACAAUGCCGUUCGGUCUCUGCAACGGUCCCAGUACGUUCAACCGUCUGGUGCAGAGGCUGACACAAGACCUGCCAUGUGUGGCAGCGUAUUUCGAUGACUGGUGCAUCCACAGCCGGGACGAGUCGUCACAUUUGGAGGAUCUGCGCUCUGUCUUGCAGAGACUACGAGAAGCUGGACUGACGCUGAACGGCGAGAAGUGCCGGUUUCUGCUGACAUCCCUGGAGUCGUUCCUUGGCUUCAGCAUCGAGGGUGGUAUGAUUCGACCGACGAAGGAGCACAUCAGAGCUGUUGAGGCGAUACCGCGGCCUGGCGAUCAGACAGCUCUCAGGAAGUUCCUGGGCCUGUGCGGCUUCUAUAGGUCGCACAUCGCGGAAUUCAGCUUGAUUGCGAGGCCGUUGCACGAUCUUUUGCAGAAGGGGAAGUCAUUCCUCUGGGAUGGCGCGCACGAGACAGCGUUUCGUCGGCUGAAGGCCCUGCUGGCUGAACGUCCGGCUCUGAAGAUUCCUACGGAAUCGUCACAGCUAUCAGUGCGGACCGACGCCAGCGAGAAUGGCUUCGGCUGCGUACUAGAGGCAGACGGCCAGCCUGUGGAGUUCAGCAGCAGAGCAUUCAACAAGUCACAGCGACACUACUCCGUAAUAGAAAAAGAAGCAUGCGCGAUUGUACACGCUUUGAAGAGAUGGCGUCACCUGCUGGUGGGACGGCCGGUACGUCUGUUCACGGAUCACAAGCCUCUUCAGUGGUUGCGCUCCAAGAAGGAUCUGACUGGUCGGCUGGGUCGCUGGGCGCUACUACUGGAGGAGUUCGACAUCAGCAUUCAUCACGUCGCAGGAUCUGAACAUGUCGUCCCGGACGUGCUCAGCCGGUCGUUCCCGGAGCAGCCGCAGUGUGUCGCUAGUGUCGCUGACUGGCGCUCUGAGCUGGCGACUGAUGACGGCGUGCGCCAGCUGCAGGACAGGAAGCCGGACGAGUUCCGAGUGAACGGGCGUGGUGCGCUCUGCCAUGUGCAUCCGGUCUUCGGAGAACAGCUGGUGGUACCGCGGUCCCAACGCGACGGCAUCAUCAAGUUGCUUCAUGAUGACCCAUUGGCGGGUCACGCCGGAUCCAAGAAGACCGUUCGGCGUGUACAGGAGCGUUAUUUUUGGCCGAGAAUGACCAGGGAUAUAAAACAACAUGUAAAAGGAUGUAUCGUGUGCUGCACUGUGAAAGAUAACCCUGUUCCGACGGCGCCAUUGACACCGGUAGACACGUCUGCCCUGAACGUGUGGGAAAAAGUCUCUGUAGACAUUGUUGGCCCGAUCUUACCGGUGACAGAGAGCGGUGCUAGAUUUAUCGUGGUUUGUCAGGACUAUUUUUCGAAGUGGCCCGAGAUGACAGCCCUACCGUCGACUGAGACGGAGGUCAUUCAGAGCUGGCUGUUUGAUCAUGUUUUCUGUCGUCAUGGGUUUCCGUCUGAGAUAGUAACUGACCAGGGGACGCAAUGGAUGAGUGCUUCGUUUAAACAGUUUUGUGAAAAACUAGGCAUUAAGCAUAGGACGACUUCUCCGUAUCACCCACAGUCUGACAUGGUCGAGCGUUUUAACAGAACACUGCUCAAUAUGAUACGGUCGUAUGUGGGAGAACACAAGGCGAGUUGGGAUCAGAACUUACAGUCGUUGGCCUUUGCUUACCGGACCGCCGUGUGUGAGACAACUCAGUCAACGCCGUUCGAGUUGCUGUUUUGUAGACGCGCGCAGUUGCCGAUUGACACGCUCCACUCGAGUAUGCGCGAGGUGACGAGCUCGGGUCUCAUGGCUCGGCUGUCUGAUGUGAGGGCUACGGCUCGUGAUGUGUCGAAGCGAGCAGCGGCGAAACGAGCAGACGGGUACAAUUCGGCGAAACAUGUCAAAGUUCGUGAGCUCAAAGUGGGCGAUGAUGUAUUUUGGAAACGGCCUAUUCGCAAGGUGGGUGUCUCGCCGAAACUGCAGCCGAUCUGGUCUGGCCCGUUUACUGUCACCCACAGAACGUCUGAUGUAAACUAUCGCAUCCGAGACUCUGAUGGGAAAUCGGUCGUUGUGCAUGUAAAUAACCUGAAAACCUGUCACGUGCCGCAUGUCGCUGGACGCGGUGU